ACGUCAGUCGGUCGCGGGUGCCGUGAGUUCGGUUGGUAACACAACAGCUCGGUUCGGUUUAAAAAAGCACAUUAUUUUCUGGAAGCACACUUUGAACUGGGAUCGGUUUAAAAAAGCAUAUUAUUUUCUGAAAGCACACUUUGGAUACACGAAAAUAGUGUUACUCAAAUUUGGAUAAAAGGCUCCUGUCGGCUUGAAAGUUUAACCAGAAGUCGCUGGAUGUGCUUAUCCACGUUCCGCCAUCCCAUGAAGGAAUACCCUCCUCUGUGCACACAAGUGGAACCCUACCUCCUUCCGCUGGCAGAGGAGGAUGAAGACGAGGAUAAGAUACUCAAGUUCGAGCUGGACACGGUGGACGGAUCCUCCACCAUCCAUAGCAAUGACCUCCCUUUGCUGGUCUUACCAACCAUCGUCACCGAAGACUACGACACCAAGAUGGUGUUGCCGGACGAUCAUAUAUCGGACCGGGAGCGUAUGCGGUCGCUCUCCGGAGGUGCCAAAGCAUCGACCCCCAACUCGGCCGGAUCGAGCCGCGAAUCCUUGACAGGAUCCCUAACCGGACGUUUCCGACGACAGUCCGGCGACGACGCACACGGAAAGAAGACCGGCAAUGCUGUUUUCGACGUCUUCCGACCGAGGUCCAAGUCGGACAGUAAAAGCAAGAGACCGACUUUCAUGUCUUCUCUCAGAUCCAGUAUGAUGUCCUCGGGCGGUUCCUUAUCCAGGUCGACGGUAGUCAGCCCCACAUCACCGUUAGCAACCCAUAGCACUCCCCCUGCGCACAACAAUAUUCUGGUAGAACCCCAUCGGCCAAGGUCCGGGUCUGACAGUCGAGGAGCGGUGUCCAAGAUGUUCGAGAUGCUCAGACACCGCUCUCACUCCGUCACCUCCGAUCUUAAGAACAAAACAAAACUUGGUACAAAUUCAUCAUCUUCAUCGUCAUCGUCGUCAUCAUCGGGUGCCUUGCUUCGACGCCACUCAAUCGACCCGGACCGUCGUCGGACGGUUGGCAACCAUGCGGCCGGUAAAUCACCGGAUGAUCAUCACACAACUCUCAUACAUAGAGGACUUCCUCUUCAUGCAGAUCCUCUUUGUGAUAAAAUUGAUAUAGAAGAUUUAGGGGAAGACGAAAAUUUAGUAUUUGUUAAAUUUUUUAAGUGCUAUCGCUGUUAUGACUUGAUUCCUGUUAGUGCCAAACUUGUCGUGUUCGAUACACAGCUGCUGGUGAAGAAGGCGUUUUUUGCUUUAGUUCAUAAUGGUGUUCGUGCUGCUCCUCUGUGGGACUCGGCUACACAGUCUUUUGUAGGCAUGCUCACAAUUACAGAUUUCAUUAAUAUACUUAGGACGUAUUAUAAAUCACCUUUUGUUCAAAUGGAAGAACUUGAGGAGCAUAAAUUAGAAACAUGGCGAAAUGUUUUGAAAGAAAGAAGCAGACCAUUAGUUUCCAUUAGCCCAGAUGCUAGUUUAUUAGAUGCUAUAAAAGCUCUCAUCCAGAAUAAAGUUCACCGUCUGCCUGUGAUAGAUGCUGCAACUGGUAAUGUCCUCUAUGUGAUCACUCACAAAAGAAUCCUCAAGUUCCUCUUUCUCUAUUAUCAUGAAUUGCCACAUCCUAGUUAUAUGAAUAGCACCUUGGGUGAACUACAGAUAGGUACAUACGACAAAAUUGCCACUGUUAAAACAAGUACCCCUGUUAUCUCAGCUUUAAAUGAAUUUGUUGAUAGAAGAGUGUCAGCAUUACCUGUUGUAGAUGAUAGUGGAAAAGUAGUUGAUAUAUAUGCAAAAUUUGAUGUUAUUAAUCUGGCUGCUGAGAAAACAUAUAACAAUCUGGAUGUCACUGUAAAAAAAGCUCUGGAACAUAGAGAUCAGUAUUUUGAAGGUGUUUUGAAAUGUACAUUAGAUGAGACUUUUGCAGCUAUUCUUCAGAGGAUAGUAAAAGCUGAGGUUCAUCGACUUGUGGUUGUGAAUAAUGAAGAUCAUGUUAUUGGAAUGAUUUCGCUAUCGGAUAUCUUAUCCUACCUCGUCCUACGAUACACAGAAGAAGCGAAAAACCCACCUGAAAAUGACUCAUCUACGGUUGUUGAGGAAAAGUUAACUGAGGAACAGGAAGAACAGGAACCUGAAGAAAAAGUCACCACACCUGAAGAAUGAGUGUCAGUUCCGAAAAUUCAUUUUUUUUGGUACUUCAAUUUAUUAUGAGUGUGGCACUCAGAAAUGAGUUCCGAAAUUUAUUCCUGCUUGCCCAUUAUCUCUCCAUGCAUAACUGAAAUUGUAAAUAAGUCAUUCAGGAUAUAAUUUUUAAAAGUAGCUUAUUAGCUAUUUUUAAGAAAUUUUGCUUGAAACCUAUGAUACGUUGAUAUGUAGAACAACUACUAAUGAUUUAUUUUUUUUGUAUCAAGAAAUAACUGUUCAUGGGGCAUGAUUAGCUAAAAACAAAAAGGUAGCACAAACAUUUGUGUCUAACUGAAUUAAAAUUUUAACUUCAAAGAGUAAGUUUUAUUUAUGUACUAUGUAAAAUGACAUUUGCAUUUCAUGAAAUGUAUUGCAUGUAUUAUUUGUCUAUUUUUCUCUUAUUUAAAUAUUUAUUUCUGAACCUUUUCUCUGAAAAAAAAAUAAGCAUUCCUCUUCCUCUCAUGUAGGUUUGAAGUUUUAUUUUGCAAUUUUGUAUGUGUAUAUAAACCAACAUUGUUUUGAGCCUGGAGCCAAAAUAUUUAUAUUUCUGUAUUUUAGAUGCAUUUAUAGAGAUUUAAAAUUCAUUUGCAAUGAUGAACUGUUCAGAAAACUAGCAAUGUUAUUAAAUAUUCAAGAAUUCAUCAAAAAAAAAAUGUAUCAGUGCUCCAUUUUAACCUAGAAAAAAGAUUGAAAAAAAUUGAUCUUCCAGUAAGAAUUUGUUUUAUAUCACCUUAAUAGAUUAUAUAAAAAUUUAUACUAUCUGUACAUAAAUAUGUCCAUAAAAUUCAAAAUGGAUUUUCAAUUUUUCAAACCUACAUUACCUUGUUUCAUCACAAAUUCUAACUAAAAAAAUCAUAAAUUUUAAAGUGAAUAUUUUUGUCAACAUUUUUUUAAAAAUUUCAUGUGCUUUGAUCAUCUGAAAAACUAAUUUUUGAAGAUAUUUUUUUGGUAUGUGAAGUUAUUAUAUAUACUGAAAUUAUAUUGCAAAUUAUAUCUUUUGCUGUUGCCUAAUUUUAUAUUUUCUUUUGUAAAUCUUAACAUCAAAGUAAUUAUUUAAGUUUAUACAUCUCUUAAGUGAACUAUCUUGAUUAUAAAAAAUCAUUUUCACUUAGUAUUGCAAUUGUAGUUGGGCAACUCAAAUUUGAGUACUUAGUCAAUUUGCUGAGGAAAAUGUUUCUCAGCUUAGCAGUUUGUGCCAUCAAAAGUAUAUUUUCUUUAUUUGUGGGCAUUUUCCAGAAAAUCCUUUUGUACUGUGUGUUUUUUGAGUUGCCAAUUAUCUUCGGUGUUCAUUGUAAUUAAAUGUGAAAUGAAGCUAAUUAGCAAUGUUUUAAUCUAGAUUUAUGUUUUGAAAAUAGGAAAGCAUUAUUUUUACUACACACCUUACUGAUAGAAGUUAAUGUAAAUUAUUUUUGUUUCAUACUAUCACCCUGUAAAAAAAAAAGUGUUGAAAUGUUAUGUAUUAAAAUCUGAAUAAACUUGUACCCAAUUUUA